GUUUCAGUGCCCGAACAGUUGAGUGGCUCUUUAAAUGUCAUUUAUAAUCAAUCAUUAAUAUCGCGACACAUAGAAUUUUAAUUUCUAAUCGCUGGAAUAACACACAACUUGAGAUACUUCUGCGGCGGGGAAAAUGCCUUAAUUAUCACCAGCACUGAUACGAAAGUAAAAGUGUGAUUUCACAACUAGAAAUGAGGCCGUUUACCGAAAAUCUUAUGUUAAAAUUAAAACCAUAUCCAAAUUUAAUUUUGGAAAACCUCGACAUCAACGAAUACGUAAUCGUAAACCAAACAAAAUCACAGGAAUACGCUCGUAUCCGAGCUCUUGGAGAUGGGAGUGACGUAGAUAAUAAUGAUAACACGCAGACGAAUACAAAUGACACCGAUUCAGAGCUUUCAUCGCUUUCCCAUGUUGACGCACCAAAUGACACUAUUUACAUGGUGUGCGGUGUGGUGAUCGCGAUGGUUUUGGUGGGACUUAUCAUCAUUUUGGUUGCAGUGACAAUAAACAAAUUACGUAAACGUGAAGAAUCCUCAGCCGCUACACCGGCUACGAUCGAAGCUCAACAACCAAACUUUGGCCUACAGAAUCGCUCCAACAGUGCCACAAAUACAAACUGUGAUCGGCAUCAGGAUCAUCAGCAACAGCAAACCAUAUUCACCACUGCAUCAUUGGUGCAAUGCAAUAAUGCCAACAAUGUGAAUAAUCAUUUUAACAAUAAUAAUUGCAAUAACUUACACAACAACAAUUGCAACCACAACACCAACCUAGAACAACAAGACCAAAUAACAUUCAUCCGCACCAAUGGAGUCGGACCCACUAAUAACAGUUGGGUAUUCCCACCAAAAGCACCAACGCCAAACAUCUACAACUGCAGCAAUAAUGAAGCGUUGUUAGCCACUAACGAUAAGAACGGCUUUAAGGGAUUCCGCAAACAAUUCAGUGGGCGCUUCAAGCGCUUGGUUGCGAAAAAACCGGAACCAGUCACCGUCAUACCACCUGAGCUGAAGCCACAGUUGAAGACCAUUUACGUUUAUUAAUUUUAAAUUAAAUUUACAUAUAAACAAAUUAAAAUUGGGAAAUUUACGUUAAAGCACUAAACACUUAAUCAACUGAAUUAAGACACUAAAUUACAUUAGACUUAGCUUUAGUUUGUCACCUAAACGUAGCUUUGGUAAGAGUCAAAAAUUAAGAAAGAAAACAGGAAAAAAUUAAAUGAAGAGGAACUACAAACAAACACAAAAAAAAUCA